UUUUUCUCUGUGUGGUCUCAUUUGAUUAUAAUACCGGGAGCGCCUGGCCACAUUCCAUACAUAAUUAAUUGCCACUUUGGUUUUUAGAUUGCAGGGAGGCCAGCGUGGCUCUAAACAUUGUGCUUGCUUCCCAUCUUUAGAUUGUGUUCCACCCUGCCAGCUGAGUCUAAAGAACAUGAAGAGUGUUCCUGUGCCUUUAUUUUUAUUCUUUUCUAUUCUGUCUUCCACUGUCUCCCAAGUUGUUAUUCAUUAUACAAGCUCUGGGGGGACAUGUGGAGAUACUUGUGGGUAUCAUGGCUACGCUUAUACCUGGUGCAAGCAAAGUGGGGGCAAUGGGAAAGCUUGGGGCUACUGUUCCUUAGAAGAAGGCCUGGAAGCUUCAGGUAAACACUGUGCCUCAUCCUGCGAUUUCUGGGGCGGCUCUUACCGCUACUGCCACUUAAAAAAUGGAGGAUGGAACUACUGUGGAUUGCUACGCCAGCAGGACUUCUUUCCUGAAUAUUCCCAGGACAACAAUAUGUGUCUCAGUAGUUGCCGAGCAAGUAAAGGAUGUUUCCAAUGUGAUACGGCCCAUGGUACCCAGCGUUGCUCUCCAUUCCGCGAUGUAACUCCCUCUGGUUUGCCCUGCCAUGAUAACUACCGUUGUGGCAAAUUCGGACACGAUGUGUAUCGAUGCCAGAUAAAUAACAAUGAAAGCAACUGGGAUUCCUGUGGACGCAAGAGUCUGGAUAAGUGUGUAUGGUUCUACUCCCUGGCAGAGAUUUGCAUCCUUCCCAUCUCUCAGAAGGAAGGCCAGAUCAUCUUCCGUAGAGAAAGGAGGGCCAAUAUGCUGCCGCCCACCAAGGAGGAAUUCAAAAAUGCAGUCCACCUGAUUGACAAUAUAACCUCCAUCACAAGUCUCCCAGAUGUGAGGCCUCUGGCAACUGUGCAUCUGUAUAAGCAAGAGAGUAUCUUCUGUAAGGGCAUCAAUUAUACCAAUGUAGAGGUGAAGAUAGGCAGCGCCAAUGAAACUGUUCCCAUUGCGCAUGUCCUUGUUCCAGAGUUCCUGAGCUCUGUUGAGGUCUUACGCUUAGCAUUUUAUACCAGCCUCCAUAGCACCUUUUAUCAACCUGCAUAUACCAUUGCUGUCUCUAUUGGCGAACCAAUGUUAUGUUCACUGACUACCAGUGAUUACCCAGCCACCUUCUUUGCACCCUAGUGAUUGGUUUCACAUGCGUGCAGUUGCUGCUUUGCCAUGCUAUCACCAGUGUAUUCAUUUGCAGGCACUGCCCCUCCUCUUAUUGCAAUAUUGUGAUAGUUCCAAACCUUUCAAUUGCUUGGGUUAGGUCCUGCCUUAGUUGCCUUUUAGUUUCAGUCGUGUUUUCAGAGAAAUCAAGCUAACAGCUAUAUGUAUUGGUGACCACCUUAUUUACGCUCAGAAAGGGGCACACAACAGACAAGAGGUACCAGUGCUUUUUUUGUACUCUUUGUAACCUCCCAUAAUAACAUUCUUAUGGAAUUAAUAAAAUCUACUAUAGAAGCA